AUGUGGGACUUUGUGCAAGUCGUUGCGGUGGUGACACUUGUCAUGGAGAGUGGUUUUGGCAAUUUGGGAGCUUUGGCAGUAGGAGCUUCGGUAGGUGUUUGGCACCUCGGAAGAGUGUCUUCCUUCGGCAUGGGAGAAGGCGUGUCUGCCUUUGGUGCUAGUUGCUUUGAGGCUGGAUAUGCUCGGUUGAUUAUGGUGUAA